AUGGGAAGGAAUGAUGCCCAAACAACUGCAAAUACUACAACUUUGGUUGGUUUGGAUAUUUAUUAUCAGGAUACGGUGACUAUUAGUAGUAAAGGUCAAAUGGUGCAGUGGGUUAAAAUUUUAAACUUCGCCAUUGCUAUUGACUUCUCAUCUAACUUUCUUGAAGGGCCAAUACCAGAAGAAUUGAUGAAUUUUAAAGCAAUAUAUACUCUCAACUUGUCGAAUAAUGCCCUCUCUGGCCAGAUACCAUCAUCUAUUGAGAAUUUGAGGGAGCUUGAGUCAUUAGACCUGUCAAACAACUCAUUGACGGAGGAAAUACCAGCACAAACGGCAAAUUUGUAUUUUCCUUCAUCCUUGAACCUCUCAUAUAAUCAUCUAGAGGGGAUAAUUCCAUCUAAUACUCAGAUUCAAUCUUUUGAUGCAUAUUCGUUCAUAGGCAAUGUCGGGUUAUGUGGACCUCCUUUGACCCCAAAUUGUAGUAGCGAUGAAACACCAGGGAUUUCACGAUCAUCUCACUCUGGGAGUUCAAUUGAUUGGAAUUUCAUAAGCGUCGAAUUGGGAUUUGUUUUUGGCAUUGGCAUUGUUCUUUUGCCUCUAGCUUUUUGGAAGCCUUGGAGAAUAUGGUACUGGCAACAUAUGGAUGACCUGCUUUAUAAGAUCUUCCCACAACUGUAUGUUGUGUAUGAACGUCGUGGAGGGAAGAAUUACAGAACUCUAAGGUGGAAGUCUCACUAA